UUAAAAUUAUAGAAUAUAUAAAUAGAGUUACUUUUAAUUGAUAAAGAAAAAAGGCGGUUCCGCAAAGAGAAAUUCCUAAAAGAAAUAAAAGUUGCGCGUGUUGUGUUAGGGUAGCGAUCGUCUUUUUCUACAAGUAAAUAAUUAUUUUCUUCAACGAUCCAAAUGUUAUUUGGCCAAUUCCCAUGUUUUUUGAAAAUAAACGAGUUGCGGUUAUUGGAGCAGGUCCUUGUGGUUUGACAGCAGCUAGACAAGCACAGCAAUAUGGCCAUGAUGUUUGUAUUUUUGAUAGACAACAAAAUAUUGGAGGUGUUUGGCAAAUGGCAUUGGAUCCAAAUGCUGAAAGGCAACCAAUUCCAUCAUUUAGUUCAUUAAUAACUUCAAGAAUAUGCUCAUUUAGUGAAUUUCCAAUUCCUGAAGAUUUUCCUUUAUUUUUACGUCCAAGUGAUGUUAUUGUUUAUUUAAAGAGAUAUAUGAAGAAAUUUUGUUUGUCAAAAUAUCUUAAAUUGAGAGCUGAAGUUAAACAAAUUAAAAGAUCAAAUGAAUGGAAAUUAAAUGGUCAAUGGUUAAUUACUUGGUUAGAUUUAAAAACAAAUAAAAUAUUUGAAGAAGAAUUUGAUGCUGUACUUAUUUGUACUGGAAUGCGCCCUACAAGUUGGCGACCACCUGAGUGGAGACUAGAAAAACAAUUUAAAGGACAAAUAAUACAUUCUGAUAAAAUUGGUGAUUUAAAUAAAUUUUAUAAUAAAAAUAUUUGUUUGGUUGGAUUUGGAUAUUCUGCUGUGGAAAUAGCAACAGCUCUUGCACCUUUAGCCAGACAAGUUUUAUUGUCAGCCCGUCGUGGUGGUUGGCUUCUAAACAAAUUUUGUAAAGAAGGAAAAUCUUUUUGUGAUCAUUUCAAUACUCGUUGGAAUUCAUUAAUUCGACAAUUUAUUCCCAAAUGUUUGAGAAGUAAAUUUGUACAAAAUACGAGCAAUUUAUUAUCUUUGCUUCCUGUUCAUCCAAUAAAAGGAGCUGGUUAUCGCCCUGUUCAUAAUUUAUUUAGUACUCAAUUAGGAUUUGGUACAGAAUUGUCUUUACAUUUUGCAACAGGAAAUGUCCGAAUUAAACCAGAUAUUUGGUCUUUAUCUGAUGGAAAUGAAAUUGAAUUUGUUGAUGGAACUAUAGAAAAGGAAAUUGAUUAUAUUAUUCUUUGUACUGGAUAUGAAUUUAAUUUUGAAUUUGUUGAAAAUGGAAAAUUAAUAGCUACACAUCACAAUGACUUUCAUUUGCCAAUUGCUGGUUCUAAAUGGCCAAUUGCUGAAUUACAAUCUCGUUUAUUUUUUGAAGUAUUUAGUGGAAAUGUUAAACUUCCUUCCCCAUUUUGUAUGAAAGAUGAAUUGGAAAAGAGGCGUUGUAAUAUUUCUGUUAAUUAUAUAAAGACCCGAAGACAUACACAAAUUGAGGAUCAUGUUCAAUUUUGUUUAGAACUUGCAGAAAUGAUUGGCGUUGCUACACCUCCCUUUUAUAAACUUGCUUUUUCUGAUUUCCAUUUAGCUGUUGCUAUUUGGUUUUAUCCUCUAUUUCCUGCACAAUUUCGUCUUUGUGGACCUUUUUCUAAUAAAAGAGAGGCGAAAUUAAUUAUUUUGAAUGAAAUGAAGAAAGAAUUUAAUAAUCAUUGGAAUUGUAGAUUUGAAAGAAAUAUUUUUUUAAUUUUGAUUAUUUUAAUAUUUUUGUGGUUAUUUCUUUAA